AUGAAGUCCUGCAUCAAGUUCAUCGUGCUCGCUCUCAACGCAGCCACCUACACCACCGCGUCACCGGUCCAGACCACCUCCUCCUCCACCACAACCAUCACCAAACGCGACACCACCUGCUUCGACUGCGGCGAAGGCCUCGACAGAAUCACCAUGAACGGCCUCGUCUCCAAGUAUUGCAAGAACCACGCAUCUGGAAACCCCUCUUUCCAGUACAUCUACGACGACAUCUUCUACGUCACCAACGGCCGUAUCGCUCAAGUCUCCUUCGGCGUCCGCGCCACUGGAGCCAGUGGUUGUCCGGAGGAUAUCGACAUGAGUCCGGAGGAGUGUACCCGGGGCUUUCGACAGAUUGCAGAUGGCUGUAAUGAGAAUGAGAACGUCAAGCAGGGUGGGGUGUACCAUGAGACCUGUGUCGAGUGGGACAUUAACCCGAAUUUGAAGGGCAUCGGAGAGUCGAGCUGUGGCGGCGACACGAUCUGGCCGAUCUUAGGAGAUCACUAG